CCACGUAAGAAGGCUUUAAUGUGACACAAGGACGAGCAUGAUUCUGGGUGGAUCAGACCAUUUUCUGGCGGUACCUGCGAACACGAUAGCACUUCUGGGUGCCGUUGCUGGCUUCGUGGUCCUCCUUUUAGUUCUCUUCUUGUACUUAAAGUGGUGCUUUACACCGCCGUCCACGUCCACGCUUUUCGGCGGCGUAUGUGUGCCCCUCUGCGAAUUAAACAACAGCUCAAGCUCUCAGAUCACGAAAAAUAUAGGAAAAGCAUUUUCCUACGCGGAUCCAGAGACCAGUUCCGACUCGGAAGAGGACGUCCUUCGUCGAUUGAACUCACAUCCUCAUCCACCACCGGAUACUUUGACCAUCCAAGCAGAGGAUGGACCCACCAUCCUAGACGCCGGCACCACCUCCAGCAGCUGCACGGAAGAACACUCGCCCAGCGAUCAACAACAGUGUGUAGUAGAAGUCGGGGCCUCCGGUAUUCUUCUCGAAACCAGAGAACAGGAGGUAGAAGUCGAGCAAAAUGGACCGACGACCAACGACGUUAUCACAACGAUGGCCACUAUCGCCGAGGAAGUGGGUAGCUUGGAGGUCGCUUUCCUCUACGAUGCACCGAUGCGCGCGAUGACGGUACAGGUGUUGCAGGGACGAAAUUAUCCAGAAGGUAUAAGCGGCAGUCAUGUGCGACUGGUACUGUUACCAUCGAAGAAACAACGACGUAAGACACGUGGACGCCAGGGUACUUCUCCUCAGUACAUGGAAAGUUUCCUGCUUCCUCGCGUAAAUCCGGAGGACGUGAACGCUAUGGGUGUACGUCUCAGAGUGUACCUAUGGAGCGGAAGAAUGCGUCGAGAGAGAUUGCUAGGCGAGGCCAGAGUCUCUUUCGAUCAAAUUAAUCUUCAGCUCGAGACGACGCUUUGGUUACCGCUGCAACCUACACCUUCCUCUCCGGUGCAAGAUUGGGGAACAACUAGUAGUUUGACACGCAGCGACUCUACGGGAUCGCAGCAGUCGGUACAAUCGUACGCCUCGCCUACUGUUCGCGUGCCCAGCUACGCGUCACAUACUAUGCCUCCUUACGGUAGUAGCAUGAAGGGUGGAAGCGUAGCGGAGAUUUUAGUAGGCUUGGCAUACAACGGGACGACUGGUCGUUUAUCGGUGGAGAUAAUCAAGGGAUCUCACUUUCGUGGUGGCGGUGGAAACGACACGAAACCACCUGAUACAUACGUGAAGUUAGCUCUGAUGGAUAGCAACAGUCAUGAAAUGGAACGAUCGAAAACUGGCCUGAAACGUGCGCAGCCGAACCCUCUGUACAAAGAAACGUUCAUAUUCCAGGUUGCUCUGUUCCAACUUGGUGACGUGACGCUCUAUCUGUCGGUUUAUAAUCGGCGAAGAGGAGGAAUGGGAAGGAAAGGAAGGGAAAUGAUCGGUUGGCUCAGUUUGGGAUUAAAUGCCGACGCAACAGUGCAGGUGAACGGUUGUUCCAUCGAGCACCAUGAUAGGUACGGCUGA